AUCGUAAACAUAGUUUUUUUGUUACAAAUACCGAGCGGUGUAUCGCGGUUAACUGGUAUCGAUAGCAUCGUAUAUCUGUUUUCAAAACAUCCGUCGUAGUGUUUACGUUAUCGAAUCAAAGAGUAACAGUUCCAUCGGGUACAAUGUCCUCGGAAGAGCCGGUAGAUCAGCCAGAUCUAAUUUGCGUGGAAGAAAGUCUUAUGAGUUUGGAAAAGCUCGAUCGAGCGUCGCCUGACUUAUGGCCUGAACAAACGAUUAAUCAAGUUCCAGGUGUUAACGAGUUUGUUGCUCAAAACUCGCCUCAAAUUGAGCCGUCGUCUUGGGCUGCCAGUCUUACACCAGACGAUAUAAAUCAAUUACAUCAAUUAGGAAACUUAUCUAUGACAGGUUUAAUAUCUGAAGUGAAAAAGUUACACGAUACGGCUUAUCAAUUAGGAUUGGAAGAGGCAAAAGAGAUGACGCGUGGAAAGUACUUAAACAUUUUCAAACACAAAUAAAAAAUGAACG